AAUGUCUGGCCAGGACACUGAGGGCUUUGGAGCAGAAAACCUCUCAGAAAAAUCUCAGAUGAUUCCUAGCCUUCCGCCAUAUGACAUGGAUGACCAGCUCCUUCCCAGGGAGCCACGGAGUGCCUGGUGCUGCUUGGCAUGGACCCUGCUGGUAGUCACCAUGAACUCCUUGGUCUUUCUCAUUAAUUUGCUCCUGAUGUUUGUUAUCUUCACCGUUGUGCUGCUUCCUACCAUUGUGGUGGUUUACUUUGGCUUCCAAUGCCACUCUCGGGUGCUGCACUCAAACUCCCGCUACUGCAAAAGCAUCUUAGAUGACAACAGCUCUUCUGCCCUCAUCAUCCUUGGCUUCGUCAUCAUGUCGCCUCUCAUUGUGAUGGCCAUGGCUAUCUACUGCAGCCUGGCAAGGCACCUCCGUCUCUUCAUGUGCUUCCAGCCGUACAGCAGGGCUGUGUACAAGGGGGUGAAGUGGCGCUGGUAUGAGGAGGGAGGCCUGUGCCGCUGUGCCAAGGGGUGGAACACCCAAGUCAAGGCCUGGGUAUGAGUUUGCAGCACCAGAGGAGCUGGCCUAGCCAGCACCCUCUUCUCCCUGCCCUGUCCCUCCCCACCAUCGUCUCCCAGAAUCACCAUCCUGAGGUCUCUGCAGAUGGGGGCUGCGUAGUACCUAGAUG